UAAAAAGCGCUAUCCCGGCGCUAUCGCCACCGGCGAUAUUGUGGAGACUAUCGAUUUACAACCCUUGCCAUCAGUGCCGGAAGGUCAGCACGGCCAUCAAAUUUUAUAUAAAAGCGCAAAAAUCGAGUUGGGUCAUCACAGUCAUCAACUUGAACUCAAUACGCCCACUGCUCCUCCAAGACCUUCUCACUUUGCAACAUUAAGUUUCUAUAGUGCUAUUUCACACAUUUGAUUUAAUUGCAAAUUAAUUGGGUUUUUACUUAUACAGAAAUGUUCACCAUCAACUACCUGGCUGUGGUCUUCCUCUCUGUCCUGAUAUUGUUGGCGGUAGAAAUUGAAAGUCGAUCUGCGCCACAUCACCAAGCAUUGCACGUUGCCUUUGUCAAUACCACCAGCAGGGCAUCCAGUAUCCCCGGCCAUCAUCAUGACAUGACCACACCCGAUGAUCCAACCGAAGUGUUGGUGAUGGAGCAAGAAAAUGUGGAUCAUCCGGAAGCAGGAUUAUCGGGAGUCGCCAAUCCAUUGACGAAACGUUCGACUGGAACAGUCGAUAUGGUUGAAAAACCCAACACGGUGAUGUUCGAUUGGAAAUCUAUCAAGGCGACCUUAUCGGAUAUGAUUGCACGGCUAUCAUCCGGUGGUAUAGUCGCAUUGACCUCCGUCGAUUGACGUUCAUCUGACACCACCCUUUUUAGCAGCCUAAUAAACAAAUUUCAAUAUUUUCGAAAGAAUGAAGUUUGGUGAUGUGAUUAUACCUCUGAACAAUUUUGCACAAUUUUGUACAUGGAAUAUAAUAAGCAAUGGAACGAAAUUAUAAACAUUUUGAUAUCUA